AUGGAGAAAAAUCGAACAAUGGUUACAGAAUUCAUCCUACUGGGAUUUUGUCUUGGUCCAAGGAUUCACAUAAUCCUUUUUGGGCUCUUCUCCCUGUUCUAUGCCUUCACCCUGCUGGGGAACGGGCUCAUCCUGGGGCUCAUCUGGCUGGACUCCAGACUGCACACCCCCAUGUACUUCUUCCUCUCCCACCUGGCCAUCGUCGACAUAGCCUAUGCCUGCAACACGGUGCCCCGGAUGCUGGUAAACCUCCUGAAGCCAGACCAGCCCAUCUCCUUUGCUGGCUGCAUGACGCAGACCUUUCUUUUCUUGACUUUUGCUCAUACUGAAUGUCUUCUCCUGGUGGUGAUGUCCUAUGAUCGGUAUGUGGCCAUCUGCCACCCGCUCCGAUAUUCUGUCAUCAUGAGCUGGACAGGCUGCAUCACCCUGGUGGUGACUUCCUGGGCAUGUGGCUCCCUGCUGGCCCUGGUCCAUGUGGUUCUCAUCCUGAGGCUGCCCUUCUGCGGGCCUCAUGGAAUCAACCACUUCUUCUGUGAGAUCCUGUCUGUCCUCAAGCUGGCCUGCGCUGACACCUGGCUCAACCAAGUUGUCAUCUUUGUUGCCUGUGUGUUUAUCUUAGUCGGGCCCCUCUGCCUGGUGCUGGUGUCCUACACGCGCAUCCUGUUCGCCAUCCUGAGGAUCCAGUCCGGGGAGGGCCGCAGAAAGGCCUUCUCCACCUGCUCCUCCCACCUCUGUGUGGUGGGGCUCUUCUUUGGAAGCGCCAUUGUCAUGUACAUGGCCCCCAAAUCCCGCCACCCUGAGGAGCAGCAGAAGAUCCUUUCCUUGUUUUACAGCCUUUUCAACCCUAUGCUGAACCCAAUGAUCUACAGCCUGAGAAAUGCAGAUGUCAGGAGUGCCCUGAAAAGGGCAAUGUGCAAGGAAAGUCAUUCCCAAUUGGAGUGA